CCUUGUUACAGCCAUAACGCAGACAAGAAAGUCUUUUCAGAUAAACAGAUUGACAAUAGUGUUGAGGCAACUUAUGUAGAAUUGACACAUGAUCAACUAGAAGACAUUUCUGAUGUCGAGGAGAGUGGAAGCCCUGUCAGCUUUUUCAAACACAAACAUAGCUGUCCGACCUUGAGGCAUCGUCUUGACUUAUCUCGAAGUCAACUAGAGGGUAACGAGCUCCUCCAAGAUGAAGAUCAAAGCGAUUCGUUGCAUAAGGUAGAGAGGGAGGAAACUGAAGAAUAUGAAGAAGAGGAUUAUCUGGAAGGGGAGCAAGAUGAUAACGAAAUUUGUUGUGUUGAUGGAACCUUGUUUGAAACGCAACUCUCAAAACGAGCUUGCCUACGCAAUCGAAAACUUUGCUCAGUUGAUGAAUCUACUUUAUUUCACUCUCAUAUUGGUGCAACCCAGCAUACUCCAGGCUCUGAUUCUCCGAAUACUUUUUUUGGUGACAAAGUUACUGGAACAAUGUUCCCUGGUCAGCCCCAUUCACAAAAACGGCGCCUCGGGCUUCUUGAAUCUUCCCUCGAAGGAGUCUCGCAGGCAGCUGGCCUUAUCUCAUCGAAGUUCUACACUUCGUCCAUGGCUUUAGAUGCUGGCCCAUCUGGCCUCCGAAGCCAAAGUCACCCUGAACAAUUGCAAUUAACUUCCAAGGCGACUCAUUUUCUCUCGUGA